AUCAUAAUCAUCAUCAUCAUCGAGUUCAUCCGCAUCCGCUGCUGCUGCUGCUGCGGCUGGAGGGCCAAUUUUUGGGUGGCGCUCGCAUUUUUGGAGUCAACCCGGGGACGGCUUGCGUGUGCGUGCAAAAGAAAGGUGGGAGUGUGUGCGUGUACGUGUGCCUGUGUGGGUAAAGAACGUUCCCCAUUUGGUGUUGGAGCAAAAGUGAGCGCGAUCGAAGAAGGCUACGGACGGACGGACGGACGGACGGACGGAAACGGUGUUGCGGUGACAAAAGUGAGCCGUUUAGCGGUAGCAACUAACAUUACUGUCGUUGUACACCGUCCGAGAAUAUAGUUGUUCCGUGAUAAUAACGUGCCUCGAAGAAGCAAGUGCACUUAACAUUACACACCUCCUCCAAUCAGGAGCAGGCAGGUGCAUAACACUAUAAUAAAGGAGCAGAACCCGAAAAUACCAACAAAAAUGGCACCGAACGCAACGGUUGAAGCAACGGGUGUACUGAACGAAGUUGAUGCCGAAACCAUCGACGGUGGACUGGCCAAGGAUGUGACCCCGCUGAAGCGUGCCGAAAAGCGCAAGAUCAAGCUGGUCUGGAGGAAUGUGAUCGCGUUCGGUUACCUUCAUCUGGCUGCUGUCUACGGUGCCUGGUUAAUGCUAACAUCUGCCCGCCUCUACACGAUCGCAUUCGCAUUUGUCCUGUAUGUGAUGUCCGGACUGGGUAUUACGGCCGGUGCCCACCGAUUGUGGGCUCACCGUUCGUACAAAGCUAAGCUGCCUCUCCGCAUCAUAUUGGCCGUGUUUAACACGAUCGCGUUCCAGGACUGUGCGUUGCAUUGGGCCCGUGACCACCGGGUGCACCAUAAGUACUCGGAAACCGAUGCCGAUCCGCAUAAUGCCACCCGUGGAUUCUUUUUCUCACACAUCGGCUGGCUGCUGUGCCGCAAGCAUCCGGAAGUUAUCGCCAAGGGCAAGCAGCUCGAUAUUGCCGAUCUCGAAAGCGAUCCCGUCCUGCGUUUCCAGCGCAAACACUACAUGAUUCUGAUGCCAAUCGCCUGUUUCGUGCUGCCAACGAUUGCGCCGGUGUACUUCUGGAAUGAAACCUGGACCAACGCCUGGUUUGUCGCUACACUGUUCCGCUGGACUUUCAUCCUGAAUGUAACCUGGCUGGUGAACAGCGCAGCCCAUAAGUGGGGCGAUAAGCCGUAUGAUAAGAGCAUUUCGCCUUCGGAGAACCGCACGGUGGCAUCGUUCGCGUUUGGCGAAGGAUGGCACAACUAUCACCAUGUGUUCCCGUGGGACUACAAGACGGCUGAGCUGGGCAACUACCGGAUGAACUUGACUACCGCAUUCAUUGAUUUCUUCGCGAAGAUUGGCUGGGCAUACGAUCUGAAAACCGUUUCCCAGGAGAUCGUGGAGAAGCGCGUAAAGCGUACCGGUGACGGUAGCCAUUCAACCUGGGGCUGGGGCGACAAGGAUCAGGAUCAGUAUGAGAUUAAACACGCGACCAUCAUUAACCAGCAGAAAGAGGACUAAGCAGCAGCGGGUUCAACAGCGGCAGAAGUAGCAGCAGCAGUGAACCAUUCACUCCGGCCACGGCUACCGCAAACAACAACAGCUUCACCAAUCGCUACACACUACCAUCGACGUCAUUCGUGUUAUCGCCAAGCAUCUACCGGUACGAAUCGCAACGGUGGCUCUUCAGCAAAAGAGGAUGAACGCAUGAAUUAGGUGAUAGAGAAAAUUAGGCGGGGGAACGAACGGGUUGGGAAUGGGAUUCAUUAACGUGUGAUAGGAAGAAAAUUUGAUUGCAGAUAAGAGCAUAUGUUCCUUGCGCUCCCAAAUCUUAAUGCGCCUGAUGUGAUGCCAGGAAUAGCGAGGAAAGGCUGUGUGAGACCGGUGGAAUUGAAAGCCGCCAUUGGGUUCCUUGCUCCCAGCAUUUGGGACGUAUUCGCCGAACGAAUAUUUGGAGAGCAAAAACCUUAUUUAAGGUAUGUAGGCGAGUGCCUCAAACACCACGUUCGCGCACUCACAAGCACAUACAUGUAUAACACUCAAUCCCGUGCUAAACUCUGCUGCUACACCAUGAUCAAUGUACAUUUUCGGUUUAAGAAGCGAGGCACGAUUUUAGGUUAGUUCUGAGUAGUAACACAUCCCAGUUCAAAGCGCAUACUUUAGCGUGAUCGUGCCUAGAAUUCUGGCAUAGCGAAUGUAGUUCACCUUUUUUUUUUUUUGCAUAAUCCUAUGCAUAUUUUCAUUCAAAAUGUGUUUUUGUUUUACAUGUUUCGAUCAGCCACAAACCUGGGCUGAAGAUCGUUUGUUCACCGCUGCCGAAGUUACGUUCGAAUUGGGCACUUUGAAAACGUUUCAUAAUUCAUAAACCGACGCGAAAUCAAAGAGAAGUUUCAUGAGAAGAUGAGUCGUAAUCGUUGUAGUAAUACUACCCGUUCACUUUUCCUACAUUAGUAAGUAAUUUAUUUUGUUUACCGGCAAACAUUAGCCAACAACUUACCUGCUGGUGGUAUCGCUGACUGGCCCGACCUAUGGCAGAGGCAAGCCGGAGAAAAGCGCUCAUUCACUUGUUGGCAGAAUGUAAAACAUUUAAAAAAUAAUAAGGCAGCCACAAAAUUAAUCCUGUAAUCAUCCCCACACCACGAACGCCACAAAACCAUUGUUAAUUACAAAAAUAGAGGAAAGAGAGGGAUGAGGGGCUGCCGUCAAGCGGCUGGCCUAGUACACACGGGAACAACAGGGAAGGGUAUAAGUUUAGCAGAUAAAGCGGAAGCGAAAGUAGUUGCAGAAAUGCACAGAACAACAAAAUACUGAAUAGAUAUAAAACAAUGGAGAAAAAGCGAAACCACUGGCGGCGCCAGCAGCGUUGCCGUUUGAUAAGAUGCUCAGGAAGUGUCAAAGGAAGGAA